AUGGUUUACGUUUGGCAAGUUUCGGGAGAAAAGUUGCUGGAAGUCUCUGACGAGCAGUUGACUGAUGCGGCGGCCCUGAAGCAGCUGUUGCAAAGCCACUGUGGCGUGGCACCCUUCAGACAGCGACUUCUGUGCAAGGGAAGCUAUCUCGAGGACGAAGCCAGCCUACAGGGGGCAGAGGACCUGCAGCUGGUUUUGCUCAGCUUCGCUGCGACGACGCAGGAGCAGAUCAACGAGCUCGUGACCUCCGCUCAUUCUGGUGACCAUCAGAAGGUGAAAGACAUGUUGAAGAGGCCACAGGAUCCAGAUUCAUCCAAUGCUGCUGGAAACAGACCUCUGAUUGCGGCGGCAGCAAAUGGGCAUGCUGAAACU